GCGGGACAACUGAUGACACAAAGAGUCUGCAUCGCUUGAGCGCGGGUCUCUAAAACUUAUCUGGAAGAGGUCAUCUAUUUAACGCCAUAAAUAUGUCACAAGAAUAAUAGAGCGUUUCAUCGUAUCCAGACAGUCAACUUGUUCCUUUUGAUUUAUUUGUGCAAUUGAAGAGAGAGGUGAAUUAGGAAAGCGACGGAGAUGGAACCAUCAACAGAUGUGGAAACACUAUCCGAAACCAACGAAACUCAAGAUAUUGAUUCGGAUGAUAUGCUGGAGUUAAAUCAGUUCGACGGGCUCCCCUUUUCUUCAAGAUAUUACAAACUAUUAAGAGAAAGAAAAGGUCUGCCGGUGUGGGGAGCGAAAUGCGAGUUUAUGGACAGUUUGAUCAACAGUCAGAUUGUGAUAGUUACUGGCACAUCUAAAACAGGACAAAGCACUCAGAUCCCUCAGUGGUGUGCAGAGUUUUGCCUGUCUACGCAGUAUCAGAAUGGCAUGGUAGUGUGCACUCAGAUUCACCAACAGAGCACGGUGGAACUGGCCCUCCGUGUGGCCGACGAGAUGGACGUGAACAUCGGCAAUGAGGUUGGGUACAGCAUCCCACUUCAGACCUGCAGCUCCCCUGACACUGUCCUGAGGUACUGCACAGAUGAUGUGCUGCUCCGGGAAAUGAUGUCAGACCCCCUCUUGGAGCAGUGUGGUGUGGUGGUUAUUGAUCAGGCCCAGGAACGUACCGUCAGCACAGACCUGCUCCUCGGGCUGCUCAAAGACGUGCUCCUCGCACGGCCAGAGCUCAGACUGGUCAUCCUCACCGCCACUCUCUCCGCUGAGAAACUGCUAAGUCACUAUGGAAGCGUUCCUCAGAUCCGGCUGGAAGGGCCACAGCCGUGCGAGGUGGUGUAUGGGAGUGGGAGAGGAGGUGUGAAGGAUUACCUCUGCUCUGCUCUUAGACUGGCACUGGAGAUACAUCAGAAUCAAAACCAUGGAGACAUUGUCACAUUUCUGGCAACUGAGCAAGAGAUUGAAUGUGCCCAUGCCAUUUUGCGGCGAGAGGGUGUCAAUCUUGCAUUGUCUCACGGCGAGCUGGUGCCCGUGUCUCUGUGCCCUGCGCAGGGAGACAGUCUCUCAGUGCUCUCUGAGGAGAGCAAGAGUAGGAGAGUCUUCCUCACCUGCAGCCCCAGUGAAGACUUAUUCUGGGCCGUUCAGAGCAUUCGCUUUGUGAUUGAUGCUGGAGUGCAAAAAAGAUAUGUUUACAAUCCUAGAAUCAGAGCCAACUCCAUUGUUAUUCGACCAAUCAGCAAGAGCCAAGCCGAGAGCCGAAAACAACUUGCAGGCCCAACAGGCAAGUGUUUCUGUUUGUAUCAAGAGGACACUUCACUUCCUGUUGAGAGCGUCCCUCACAUUCUUGAGUCUGACAUCACUUCCACUGUGCUCUUCCUAAAGCGCAUGGAAAUUGCUGGCCUGAGCCACUGUGACUUCAUUGACAGACCAGAUCCAGAAGGCCUCAUGCAAGCUUUAGAGGAACUCGACUAUCUUGCUGCUUUGGAUGAUGACGGGAAUCUCUCUGAGAUUGGAAUUAUCAUGUCAGAGUUUCCUCUUGAGCCACAGAUGGCUAAGACUUUGCUUGCGUCUUGCGAAUUCGACUGUGUGAGUGAAGUGCUGACCAUCGCUGCCAUGCUAACAGCUCCGAGCAGUUUCCUUACACCCCCAGUGGAAAUGAGACAGAAGGCCUUGCUGUGUCAUCAGAGGUUCCAGCAUGCUGAAGGAGACCACUUCACCCUUAUUAACAUAUUUAAUGCUUACAGAUAUGCUAAGGAAGGGCCAUACUCUAGUGUGGAACAGUGGUGUGAAGACCAUUUCCUUAGUCUGGCUGCUCUUCAGACAGCAGAUGCGAUACGCUCUGAGCUAACAGAAAUCCUGAAACGGAUAGAGCUGCCAGUGUCCUUACCCGCCUUUGGCUCUAAAAACAACAACUUGAACAUCAAACGUGCAUUACUAGCUGGCUUCUUCAUGCAGGUGGCGAGGGACAUUGACGGGUCAGGGAAUUACUUCAUGCUAACCCAUAAACAUGUGGCUCAGAUCCACCCACUGUCUGGCUAUGGAACCGAGAUGAACAAGAAGAAUCUUCCAGAUUGGGUUCUGUACCAUGAGCACACGCUAUCAGAGAACAACUGUAUCAGAACUGUCUCUCAGAUCUCAGCACAUGAGUUCAUUCAGAUGGCGCCACAGUACUUCUUCUAUAACCUGCCACCUAGUGAGAGUAAAGAUGUACUGCAGCACAUUAUAGAUCAUGGUUCAGCUGCCCCAUCUAAAGGCAUAAGAAAAUCCCAGACCCCCAGCAGCGCUGCCAGUGAGGAGCAGCCCCAUGAGCGGUGUACCAUACAGUGACUGGGGAAAUGGCAUACGUUGCCACUGCGUUACCCUGACAUUAACCGUGUGCAAACAGGAUGCUUAGACUGCUGGCUUGCUAUACAGUAACCAUGGAAUGUGUGAGGCACAAUGAGGAAUCUCAAUAGACUCACCAAAUUAGUUUGAUUGAUUAAUCAAUAAUGAUGAAGAAAAGAACAGAUUGUGUAAUCUGUUACUUAAAUUCAAAGGGCGUGCAGAAAAAUAUUUAGCGGGACAAUGCUUCUAGGAAAUAACAGUUUGAACUGUUGUCUUCUCUCUGCUGAAUUUAUAACAAUUUAAAUGACCUACUGCUGUGCAGUAGUUAAUGAAUAAACUGUCAUUGACUUUAAUGUAUUUUAUAAACUGUAGCUACUAGUUAGCAGAUUUAGCCAUGUGCAUCAAGAUAGUACAAUUGAACAUUAUUUUCCUUUUUGCAUUGAUUGUGUUUCACAAUGGUUAUAUUUAGUGCAGCAGAGCUGUAAAAGACUGGAAUUUUUUUUUUGUUAAUUAUAUUUUCCAGUUGUAUAUGUAUUUAUUUGUAAGGCGUUUGUUUAACUAAUUAUUUUUUUUCUUUAAUUAAUUUCCACUUCAGUUCAGCUUGAUAAUUCACACAAAAGUGUUUUUGGAAGUGUUGAUAUUGUAUCUCUGAUUUUUUUUUUUCUAUAAAACUCUCAAACAGUUUGAAUAAAGUCCAAAAUGUUCUGAAAUG